UCGAGUCUGCAAGAUCCCGCACGUGCCGACCGAACCUCCGAACCCGAUCUUGCACUCCCGAUUGGCGGCCCGCCACCAAGACGCUCUACGAAGCAAGACUCUAUAUAACAACACCUACAACACCUACAACGCCCCAAAAAAGAGAGCGAAAUCAUGUCUGGACUCGAUGCCCCCGAUAUCGUGGCUGCGUACGACGAUGUGCGCAACGACAAGCUGGAGACCAAUUGGAUGCUGCUCUCCUAUGCGGGAGCCGUGGGCAACAAGCUGGCGCUGACCCAGACUGGAACCGGCGGCCUGAGCGAGCUUGUGGCAUCGCUGGAUGACGGACAGGUGCAGUACGGCUACGUACGAAUCGAAUAUGCCAACGACAAGGAGAGCACACGAGUCAAGUUUGUGCUGGUCAUUUGGAUCGGCAAGAACACCAAGGUGAUGCGAAAAGCGCGAGUCAGCGUCGAGAGCAGCGAGGUCAAGAAGGUGCUGGCGCACCACCACCUGGCCGUUACGGCGGAAGAGCCGUCGGAGCUCAAGGAGGACGACAUUGUGAAGCAAUUGAGAAAGUCUGGAGGUGCGGAUUACAAUGGUGGACGAGGUUAAUUCGGUGAUUGGUGUAUGGCUGUGAAGAGGAACCUAAUUUAAGGACGAGGUAGAGAGGGGGGAGGCGGCGGCGAAGGAGAGAAGGGAGAAUGGACAGAUGGAUGGAUGGAUAGACGGAUAGACGGAUAGAUGGACAGAUGAACAUGGAGGAAGGGGGGGAGCUCAAAAAAGCUGGAUAUUGAUAUAGACUAUAUAUACAUACGCGACUUGUA